AUGACGGUUAAAGAAAAUACAUCAUUUUCUAAUUUACCAUUUUGUUUAAGAUCUUUACCUAUUUUUGUCUUAGAAAAGCCCAUUUGUAGAUUGGAAAAGAAAGGAAAAUUAACAACAUUAACAUCAACUACUUCUUUCUCUUUAACAGCAACUACAACAAGAAUACAACAGAAUUUUGUUAGAACUAAUUUGAUUUAUAGUAAAGCUUUGGUGUUGCGAACAACCGUAAUUUUCCGACCAAAAGCCCUGGAUAUAUGUUUAUCUGCUAAUGGAUUAUCCGCGGACUUAGAACGGAUGCGGAUGAAAAAUCUGGGUCCUUUUUACUCACCUCCCAAAAACUUGAAUUGUACCCGGGGAAUAUUUUGUACGGGGAGGAUACUUUGUUUAGAUUGGUUAAAAGUAAUUAUAAUAAUAGAAUACCUAUAUAUUGUACCCGGAUACAUUUCAUAG